AUGAAAAGACGUGGUGACCACUCGGUUCCAUCUCGUAAAAUAGCUCGAAAGUCUAGCUUCAACUUGGUCAAACUACCAAAUGAUGUGAUUCAAAGUGUUUUCCAGUACUUGGCCGCCUCUGAUAUCAUAAAUUUAGCAUCCACUUGUCAUGAUUAUAGAAAUGAACUAAUCCAAUACUUAUACUCCAACAUUAAAGUAAGAUGGAAUGAUCUCAUAGACAUCCGGGAAAAAUUGCCUCCGGUGCUCAACAGAUACGCUAGUUUCAUCAAAUACCUAAGAAUAAUCGAUUACUAUUCGUACGGAGAAUGGCAAAUUGAUAUUUUCCAAAACGUCCUAACAAAAUUGCCCAAUCUUCGUGGACUCCUUGUCAACUCGAUCAAUUCCUCUAAUUGGCUCAAGUAUAGAACCAACAGCAAAAUCGAAAAACUAACUUUAUACUUUGACAUAUCGGCAAACUGUCCCUUACCCCAUCAGACCCAAGUAGUCUCAACCAAUCCAAAAAUAUUCCAUCUAGCCCAUAUUGCAAAUUUCUCCAGACUAACCCAUUUGAACCUAUCUUCUUACCACUUCAAUUGGGACCCCUCGGACCUCAUGCCAGAAAAUCACCUACAAUCACUAACCAUCGAAAACUGCACUUGGGAGUAUCCCUUUCAACUAUCUCAAUUUAACCACUAUAAUACUUUGAACUUUUGCCAAAUCACUUAUUCCAAUAACAACCCCUUUAUACUAUCGGAAAGAUUCACCAAUUUCCUCAAUGAUCCGCUCAAUGCCAAAUCUACGUCCCUACAAACUCUUUUCAUCGAGUUUAAACACUACGACGAUAUCAAUUGGAAAAAACACCUUUCCCUCAAACAGUUCCAGACCUUGAUCGACCCUUCGAAGUUCCCCCACUUGCAAUGCAUUCUACUCCACGGAUGGCUCUUCAAUCUUCGAAGCUUCAUGCAUUAUGUCAACCAAAACUUUCUAAAAUUGGAAAUGGCCUUGUUGGAUCUCCUGGUGGAAGUAACCGAUUCCGAUAUCUCCCCAGACAACUUCCAGUCCUUCCGCCAGUCAGCCCUACGCUCCAUGACCGAACACCACCCCAACGUAAGAUUCAAGCUAGAUCUACAGUUACCUUACUAA